AUGAAGUUGAUAAGCAACCUUUAUUCGCACCUCUUCCUCCAUUUCAGAAAUCUCGUAUACGCGCCAACGUACGAAUUAGGCAAUACAAAGUCACCUUGGGAGGCGGGGGCGGGGGAUGCGCGGGAGCGGGCGCUCGUGUGCGUGCGCGGGCGCGUGCGUGUGUGUGUCUCCGUGAAGGUCAACCGGCGGCGUCAUUUCCUGGUCAUUGCCUGCGCCGCAUCCGACGCCAGAACGCGCGCGAACCCGCCGAUAGGGAUCCUGAUGGAUUCAACUGCAAGUCACGGACGUGUCCGCGAAUCACUCCCCAAUGAACAUCCAGAACUCGCU